CUUUGGGAAAGGAGGGUUCCCCCAGGCAUCAUGUCAGCCCCAUAGUAACAACACCCACCCCACCAUUUGUGGUUUGCUGCACCCCACUUCUGGGGCACUGGUUCCAAUGAGAGAGGGCACACCGAACUCCGUCUGGCUGUUACUGAGGCGGAGACGGGUGAUGGUUGGCUGUCUGGGGCGAGAGGAGUUCUCGUGAUUGGCCGGAUCGGGGCACCCCAAGUUGGCCGACGCGGUGUGAGGACUCUCCCACGGAGGCUGGAACAAUCUGUGAGAGACCUCAGGCAGCCAUCGGGUGGCAGCGGGCACUCCGUCAGCGGUUGGAGCAGGACCAUCACCCCAGAGAACUGGGGCAGGGGGCCUUGCCCGAUCUCCAGGGCUCCUGGGGCCACUGCUGACCUGGCUGGAUGCAUCGGGCAGUGGACCCUCCAGGGGCCCGCACUGCACGGGAAGCCUUUGCCCUUGGGGGCUUAAGCUGUGCUGGGGCUUGGAGCUCCUGCCCCCCACAUCCCCCUCCUCGAAGCGCAUGGCUGCCUGGAGGCAGGUGCUCUGCCAGCAUUGGGCAGCCCCCACUUUCGGCUCCCCUACCCCCUUCACAUGGCAGUAGCUCUGGCCACCCCAACAAACCAUAUUACGCUCCAGGGACACCCACCCCAAGACCCCUCCACGGGAAGCUGGAAUCGCUGCAUGGCUGUGUCCAGGCGUUGCUGCGGGAGCCAGCCCAGCCAGGACUCUGGGAGCAGCUUGGGCAACUGUAUGAGUCCGAGCAUGACAGUGAAGAGGCCAUACGCUGCUACCACAGCGCCCUUCGUUACGGAGGAACCUUGGCCGAGCUGGGACCCCGCCUCGGCCGACUGCAACAGGCCCAGCUCUGGAAUUUUCAUCCUGGCUCUUGCCAGCACCGAGCCAAGGUCCUGCCCCCCCUUGAGCAAGUAUGGAACUUGCUGCACCUUGAGCACAAGCGAAAUUAUGGAGCCAAGCGGGGGGGUCCCCCAGUAAAACGAGCUGCUGAACCCCCAGUGGUGCAGCCUAUGCCACCUGCAGCACUCUCAGGCCCCUCGGGGGAGGAGGGCCUCAGUCCUGGAGGCAAGCGCAGGAGAGGUUGCAGCUCUGAGCAGACCGGCCUUCCUCCAGGGCUGCCGCUGCCUCCACCACCAUUGCCACCACCACCGCCGCCGCCGCCUCCACCCCCGCCACCACCACCACCCCUGCCUGGCCUACCCACCAGCCCGCCAUUUCAGCUGACCAAGCCGGGACUGUGGAGUACCUUGCAUGGAGAUGCCUGGGGUCCCGAACGCAAGGGUUCAGCACCCCCAGAGCGCCAGGAUCAGCGGCACUCGCUGCCUCACCCCUACCCAUACCCAGCUCCAGCCUACACCGCACACCCCCCUGGCCACCGGCUGGUCCCGGCUGCACCUCCAGGCCCAGGCCCCCGCCCCCCAGGAGCAGAGAGCCAUGGCUGCCCACCUGCCACCCGUCCCCCCGGAAGUGACCUUAGAGAGAGCAGAGUUCAGAGGUCGCGGAUGGACUCCAGCGUUUCACCAGCAGCAACCACCGCCUGCGUGCCUUACGCCCCUUCCCGGCCCCCUGGCCUCCCUGGCACCACCAGCAGCAGUAGCAGCAGCAGCAGCAGCAGCAACACUGGUCUCCGGGGCGUGGAGCCCAGCCCCGGCAUUCCCAGCCAUUACCAAACUCCCGCGCUUGAGGUCUCCUCUCACCAAGGCCGCCUGGGGCCCUCCACACACAGCAGUCGGAAACCAUUCCUGUCGGCUCCCACGACCACUUCCCACCUGCCCCUUCCACCUGGCCCCCCAUCGCCUCCACCUCCGUGUCCCCGCCUUUUACGCCCCCCACCUUCCCCUGCCUGGCUGAAGGGUCCGGCCGGCCGGCCAGCCCGAGAUGACGGCGAGAUCUUAGAGGAGCUCUUAUACGGGCCCGAGGGACGCCACCGCCCGCCCCCUCCACACCUUCCCCAUCGCGAGGGCUUCUUGGGGCCCCCAGCCCCCCGCUUUUCCGUGGGCACUCAGGAUUCUCACACCCCUCCCACUCCCCCAACUACUACCACCACCACCAGCAGCAGCAGCAGCAGCAGCAACAACAACAGCAGCGGCGGCAGCGGCAGCAACGGCAACAGUAGUGGCAGCGGCAGCAGCAGCAACAAUGGCAGCCACAGCAGCAGUGUGUCUUUCCCCCCACCUCCAUAUAUGGCCAGAAAUAUGGACCCCCUUCCCAGACCCCCCAGUCCGAUACUGAGCCCCCAGGAUCCACCUCUCGCUCCCCUGACUAUUGCCCUGCCUCCAGCCCCACCCCCCUCCUGCCACCAAAAUACCUCAGGAAGCUUCAGGCGCCCGGAGAGCCCUCGGCCCAGGGUCUCCUUCCCAAAGACCCCCGAGGUGGGGCCAGGGCCUUCCCCAGGCCCCCUGAAUAAACCUUCCCAGCCUGUGCCGCCCAGGGUUGGGGAGCUGCCUGCCCGUGGCCCACGACUCUUUGAUUUUCCUCCUACCCCAUUGGAGGACCAGUUUGAGGAGCCAGCGGAGUUCAAGAUCCUGCCCGAUGGACUGGCCAACAUCAUGAAGAUGCUAGACGAAUCCAUCCGCAAGGAGGAAGAGCAGCAGCAGCAGGAGGCAGGCGUCGGCCCUCCACCGCCCCUGAAGGAACCCUUCCCACCUCUGCAGUCUGCGUUUCCCACCGACUCAUCCCCGAGCCACACUGCUGCCACCUCUGCUGCCGCCGCCACCACCACCGCCACCUCCCCAGCCACGCAGGAAGAGGAGAAGAAGCCACCACCAGCCCUGCCACCGCCACCGCCUCUAGCCAAGUUCCCUCCGCCCCCCCAGCCGCAGCCUGCGCUCCCCCCUGUCCCCCCGCCAGCCAGCCCAGCCAACUUGCUCAAAUCCUUGGCCUCUGUGCUGGAGGGACAAAAGUACUGUUACCGGGGAACUGGAACCACUGCUUCCACCCGGCCUGGGCCCCUGCCCGCUACUCAGUAUUCCCCUGGCCCCCCAUCAGGUGCUACCGCCCCACCACCAUCCACCUCAGUGGCCCCCGGUGCCCAGGGCUCCCCAAAGCCCUCUGCUUCCUCUUCAUCUCAGUUCUCUACCUCAGGUGGGCCCUGGGCCCUGGAGCACAGGGCAGGCGAGGAGCUAGCCCCAGGACCCAUACCCCCCGCCCCCCAACCUCCACCCCUCCCUUUGCCUCCUACUCGCUCUGAGUCUGAGGUGCUAGAAGAGAUCAGUCGGGCUUGUGAGACCCUUGUGGAGCGGGUGGGUCGCGGUGCUGCAGACUCGGCAGACCCGGUGGACACUGCAGAUCCAGUGGACAGUGUGAAUGAGCGACUGCUGCCACCUGUCCAGGCCAAGGAGGAGAGCUCUGGGGUUGUGGCAGCGACGGGAGCCUGCGGCAGCAAGCGGCGGCAGAAGGAACACCAGAAGGACCACCAGAAGGAGCACCAGAAGGAGCACCAAAAGGAACACCGAAGGCACAGGCGGGCCUGUAAGGACAGUGUGGGUCGGCGGCCUCACGAAGGCAGGGCCAAGGCCAAGGCCAAGGCCCCCAAAGAAAAGAGUCGCAGGGUUCUGGGCAAUCUGGACUUGCAGAGCGAGGAGAUCCAGGGUCGGGAGAAAGCCAGGCCUGAUCUCGGCGGGGCCUCCAAGGCCAAGCCCCCCACGGCUGCCGCCCCUCCGCCAGCUCCCGUCCCCUCAGCUCAGCCCACACCCCCGUCAGCCCCUGCCCCUGGGAAGAAGACUCGGGAGGAAGCUCCAGGGCCACCCGGUGUCAGCCGGGCUGACAUGCUGAAGCUGCGCUCACUUAGCGAAGGGCCCCCCAAGGAGCUAAAGAUCCGGCUCAUCAAGGUAGAGAGCGGCGACAAGGAGACCUUCAUCGCCUCUGAGGUGGAAGAACGGAGGCUUCGAAUGGCUGACCUCACCAUCAGCCACUGUGCAGCUGAUGUUGUGCGCGCUAGCAAGAAUGCCAAGGUGAAAGGGAAAUUUCGAGAGUCCUAUCUGUCGCCUGCCCAGUCUGUGAAACCGAAGAUCAACACUGAGGAGAAACUGCCCCGGGAAAAGCUCAACCCACCCACACCCAGCAUCUAUCUGGAGAGUAAACGGGAUGCCUUCUCACCAGUGCUGCUACAGUUUUGUACAGAUCCCCGAAAUCCCAUCACUGUCAUCCGUGGCCUGGCUGGCUCCCUCCGACUCAACUUGGGACUCUUCUCCACCAAGACACUGGUGGAGGCAAGUGGUGAGCACACUGUGGAGGUACGCACCCAGGUGCAGCAGCCCUCAGAUGAGAACUGGGAUCUAACGGGCACUCGGCAGAUAUGGCCCUGUGAGAGUUCCCGUUCCCACACCACCAUUGCCAAGUACGCACAGUACCAGGCCUCGUCUUUCCAGGAGUCCCUGCAGGAAGAGAAGGAGAGUGAGGAUGAGGAGUCGGAGGAGCCGGACAGCACCACGGGAACUCCUCCAAGCAGCACCCCGGACCCGAAGAACCAUCAUAUCAUCAAGUUUGGCACCAAUAUCGACCUGUCCGAUGCCAAACGGUGGAAGCCCCAGCUGCAGGAGCUGCUGAAGCUUCCCGCCUUUAUGCGGGUAACAUCCACAGGAAACAUGCUGAGCCAUGUGGGCCACACCAUCCUGGGCAUGAACACUGUACAGCUGUACAUGAAAGUCCCUGGCAGCCGAACACCAGGCCACCAAGAGAACAACAACUUCUGCUCUGUCAACAUUAACAUCGGCCCUGGCGACUGUGAGUGGUUUGCGGUCCACGAACACUACUGGGAAACCAUCAGCGCCUUCUGUGACCGGCACGGCGUGGACUACCUGACAGGUUCCUGGUGGCCAAUCCUGGAUGACCUCUAUGCUUCCAAUAUCCCUGUAUAUCGCUUCGUGCAGCGCCCUGGAGACCUCGUGUGGAUUAAUGCGGGAACCGUGCACUGGGUGCAGGCCACUGGCUGGUGCAACAACAUAGCCUGGAAUGUGGGGCCCCUCACCGCCUAUCAGUACCAGCUGGCCCUGGAACGAUAUGAGUGGAACGAGGUGAAAAAUGUCAAAUCGAUUGUGCCCAUGAUUCACGUGUCCUGGAAUGUGGCUCGAACAGUCAAAAUCAGCGAUCCCGAUUUGUUCAAGAUGAUCAAGUUCUGCCUCCUGCAGUCCAUGAAGCACUGCCAGGUGCAAAGAGAGAGUCUGGUGCGGGCCGGGAAGAAAAUCGCCUACCAGGGCCGGGUGAAGGACGAGCCGGCUUACUACUGCAACGAGUGCGACGUGGAGGUCUUCAACAUCCUGUUUGUGACCAGCGAGAACGGCAGCCGCAACACAUACCUGGUGCACUGUGAGGCCUGUGCCAGGCGCCGCAGCGCUGGCCUCCAGGGUGUAGUGGUGCUGGAGCAAUACCGCACAGAGGAGCUGGUACAGGCCUACGACGCCUUCACGCUGGCCCCAGCCAGCUCCUCGCGGUGAGGCCGGACGCCCCGCACGCCUGUCCAUCCGUCGUCUGCAGGGCGCCGCGGGGCCACCAGCACACGCCUGGGCUGGACCUAGGUCCUGCCUCUGGCCUGGAAGGGGGUCGGCCCGGCCUUUCCCCCCCAUUUGGCAGCUCCCCUCAUUUAAUUUAUUAAGAAAAAAAAUUUUUUUAAGCAAAUAGGAGGGAAAAAUAAAAAGGGAGACGGCGGGGGUGGGUGGGGCAGGGGACGCUGGCAGCCCCUAGCCCCCCGGCCUUUCCCUUCACCGACUUUGGCCUUUAGCAACAGACACAAGGACCAGGCUCCAGCGGCGGGGGUCGCAUACGGGUUCCCUCUCGCUCGCCAGCAUGCGGCUCGUGUUGUAUGUACAUAGACUUUCGACGGCAGCCGAGGUGUUUCAUGAGAUUCUAUGGGCUUUACCCCUCCCCGAGAACUCCUUUUUUUUACUUCCAAUGCUAGCUGUGACGCUGUACAUGUCUCUUAAUUCACUUGGUUAUGAUUUGUACUUUCUGUUUGUUUUCUUUUUUUAAUUUAUAACAGUCCCACUCACACCUAUUUAUUCAUUUUUGACCCCCCAUGCCUUCCCGACCAUCCCACCCACCCGCCCUUUUAGGGACUGCCUGCCACCUGGCGCUCCCUGUGUCCCGGUGUGUGUGGCCGGCCUGUCUCUGCCUGCCCUCGGCUCCAGCCGGGUUCUCUUGGUGCUCAAACCCGCUCCCCUCCUCGAAGUCCUGUCCUGCACUUUCUCGGACCAGUCCCCGCACUCCCAACCGACCCCAUCCCAACCCUGCCUGAGGGUGAGCGACUCCUGUACUGUAGGGGAAGAAGUGGGAACUGAAUGAAAUGGUAUUUUGUAAAAAAUGAAAUAAAUAAAGAAAAAAUUUUUUUAAAGUUUUAAAGAAAGAACUAUGAGGAAAAGGAACCCUGUCCUUCCCAGCCCUGACCAGUUUAAAACGACAAAACAAAACGAAACACGGACCUUCCCUUCUGCCCCCUUUUACGCGUGGAAACAGCCUAGGGGCAGGGACACCCAGGAGAAAUCCUCCGGGGCUUCUUUUUUGGGUUUGUCAGGUUUUUUUUUUCUCGUGCUAGGCUGCGGGAGGGAUGGGGGUGGGGGGUUCCAGUCCUGCCCCCCUCUCGCUGCACUGUCUCUCUCUGCCCCAGGGGCAGAGGGGUCUUCCCAACCCUACCCCUAUUUUCGGUGAUUUUUUUGUGUGCGAAUAUUAUUGAAAAUAAAGUCCAGAAAAUGAAAA